GCUUGACUCAUUUAUAUUCGUAGUGCAUCCAAUGAUUUACGCAGACCACGAGUAUCUAGCGCGUGUGUUCGAAUCAGAACUGAGCUGAACUAUGAUGAAACCUGGCAGUCAAUCAACCCCUAAAACCUCAGAGAAAUCAAGGGGAGGCACAGGCUCAGUUAGUCUAUUUGCUGUACAGUGUGGCAAAUGCUUCAAAUGGAGGGUAAUUCCCACCAAAGAAGAAUACGAGGACAUCAGAAGUAGAUUUGUUGAGGAUCCAUGGUUCUGUAGCAACAGAUCUGGUAUCUCCUGUGAGGACCUAGCUGAGAUCGAGUAUGAUAAUACUCGUACCUGGGUCAUUGACAAGCCAAACAUACCAAAGACCCCAGAUGGUUUUGAGAGGGAAGUUGUGAUGAGGAAAGACUACUCUAGAAUGGAUACCUAUUAUAUUACACCAACUGGGAAGAAAGUCCGAGCUCCUUCGGAGGUAGAGAAGUAUCUAGAAGCAAAUCCAAAAUACAAAGGUGUGGCUGUUUCAGACUUCAAUUUUGCAGUCCCAAAAGUAAUGGAGGAAACAAUUCCUAAAGGUGUGGAAGGACGGGGUUCCACAAGCAGUAAUAAAAAACUAAAAAUGUCAAAGGUGGGUGAUGAUUGAAUAUUCUCAGAUUGAUAAAAAAAAAGAGUAUUCUCAAGAGUUCUCUCCAAAGUUUGUUAAAAUGCGUUGGUUUUAUGCCAGAAUUGUAUUUGCUAUCCUCCACACAUUUGAUUGAUUUCUGCUGUUAGGCUUCUUGGCCAGCGUAUCUUGUGAUUUAUUGAGAUUCAUAAGAUACUUAACCAUGUAAAAUCAUUGAUUUUUUAAUCAUAUUUGUGUUGUAAUAGUAGUAUCAUUCCUAUUUCUUUUUCA